AUGGGAGUCGACUUGCUCGGCGUCGGUGCUCCCAUUGCCGGCAUCUUCACCUCCAACGCCCUCUACGCAGCCCCUCUUCCUGCCGUGCUCUCGCGCGAGCGGAUCGGUGACCUGGGCCCGCUCAAUCCGCUCCCAGCAACCUUCGUUGUCCUGUCCACUCUCGCCUGGGUCUUUUACGGCCUGAUAAUUCAGAACCCUUUCUUGGUUGCAAGCAAUGCACCCGGCAGCCUCGCCGCCAUUGGAGCGCUCGUCGUGAUGCUGCCCAUGAUGAAGGGCCAUCCCAGCCUUCGGAGCGUCCAAGGUCUCCUCCUUGUCGGUUGCCUCAUCAACUUCUGUCUCUGGACGUACUUUGUCUUUUCGGGCAUGUCCUCUGAGGACUUUGGCGCGCUACUCGGCAUCUAUGCCGCCGGCUUCUGUAUUAUCCUCUUCGCUUCGCCGCUCUCGACCAUCACGCCGACGCCCUAG